AUGGACUCGAUCAUGGAGUUCAUCGACACUUUAUCGAAUCGACAAAAAUUUAACCAGAUCCAACCACCUGUCAAACUCUAUGAAAAACUAGAAAAGUUAGGAUUCGGUACUUUACUCAAAACAAAACGAUUUGCUGGACUUCAUAAAGAGCGCGCGAAACGUGAUGCCAAAAAGCUGAAAUAUACUGAACGUGCAGGGAUCGAGCCUGAACCGACUUAUAAAUUUCCUUUGCUUUCUUUUUUUGCAGGUGCUAAAACACCUACGUCCAUUCCUCCUGAAUCACUGAAUGAAAUUGCAUUUGUUGGUCGUUCGAAUGUAGGCAAGUCGAGUCUUAUCAACAGUGUGACGGAAUCGACCAUUGUCAGAACAUCCGACAAACCAGGCUUGACGCAACAACUCAACUUUUAUAAUGUAGGACGAUUGUUUCAUAUGAUUGAUAUGCCAGGCUAUGGUUUUGCAUUUGCCGAUGAAGAAGAUAGACAUCAAUGGCGACAUUUGGUAACCGAUGUCGAGUUCCUUCAGAUGCUCAAUACCAAAAAAGUCAAAUUUCAAAUCGUCCUUACAAAAUGUGACUUGUUGGUCCUGCCUACUUUAGCCAAACGUAUUGUGGCAGUAGAAGAUCAUAUCAAACCACUUCGUCAUGCAGUUCAAGAUGUCGUGGUUGUCAGUUCAAAAUCAGGCGCAGGCAUCAAUCAAUUUAGAAAAGAAAUCUUGUUUUUGAUGGGCCAAUUAAAGCCUAAAUCGUUUUAUGAACCAGUGAAAUAA